CUUCUUCUCUUGUCCUCUGCCUCUCCUCUCUUCUUCCUCUCAUUGUAACAGCGCAGGCACAAGAAGCUAGCUAGCGAACCUCGAGCGGUGCACGGGCGGUGAGAUGGAGGGGGACGGGAGGAAGGAGGGCGAGACACCGCCGGCGGUGGCGAGAGGGGCGGCGUGGUUCGGCGCUUCCGUGCAGGAGUGGGUGCAGCACAUGAAGGCCAGCGUGGUGGGCGUGUGGCGGAAGGCGACGGCGAGGAGCGAGCAGGAGGCGGCGGAGGCGGACCUGCGCGCGGCCAAGGAGCAGGUGGAGGCCACCGACGAGGCCGAGGCCAAGAAGAAGCACCUCGCCGGCUGAUGGAGGUCGCCACGGCGCAGACUGCAGAGUAACCCAUCGCUUUCGCCUGCUCCGCUCCGUCAUAUGGGCUUUUUCUUUUUUCCAAUCUGCUGUUUGUAGUGCUGCUUCCACUUCGUAGUAAAGUGCAAGUGUUUGUAGAGCUGUUUACCUGUGAUGUACUAGUUUUUUGUUUUUAAAACGGAGUGAUGUACUAGUUUUAACAUGUGUAUCUGAAACUGCAUCCUGUAUGUAUUGACUAUUUCAGAAAAUACCUAGGCUGAUAGGCUGAUAACACUGGAUCUA